AUGGACGGGAUAACUCUCUCCGCUUGCGCUCUCGCAGUCGCCCUGGCCAUUCUGGACUACAUACCCUCCGUCGGGCCCUCUGGACACCUCACCUCGUACUACGGAGCUGUCAGGUUUAUUCUGCAUGCAAAACAUAUGAUACGGAAAGGAUACGAGCAGAACAAGGAAGGAUUCUUCAAGGUUCCAAUGAUAGACCGAUGGAUGGUAGUGGUAUCAGGUCCACGUUUUGUGGACGAACUUUGCAAAAUUCCCGACGAAAAGCUGUCCUUUGAUCAUGCUAUGCAGGACAUCCUGCAAGUGAAGUACACGUUCGGUCUCGAAGCACAAGAACAUCCGUAUCAUGUUCAGGUAGUACGGGAGCACCUCAAACGCAACUUUGAGGAACUCUUCCCCAGAAUAUUUGAAGAGAUACGCCUUGUCUUCGACGAACUUGUUCCUUUUCAAGAGCACGGUUGGGUAAGGGUAGGAGCAUACUCCGCGGCAAUGAAAGCAACGUGCCGUGCAAGCAACCGCGUCUUUGUUGGGUUCCCAAUCUGCCAGUCGCCCGAAUUUGAAAAAAUCCAAUUGAAAUUUGCUUUACAAGUGGCAACGCGGGCCACUGUAAUCAAUAUCUUCCCCAAGCUACUUCGUCCAGUUAUUGGUCGUUUGUUGACCAACACACCCAGCAGCCUAAGGCACUGCAUGGAAGUGCUUCGACCUAUCGUAGACGAGCGCUUGAAGAAAGAGAAGUUCUUUGGAAAUAAUUGGCCCGGAAGACCGAACGAUAUGCUCAGCUGGCUCAUCGAUGUCUCCUCCCCAGAAGACCGCAACCUCCGUAGUAUUGCGCUGCGUAUUUUGGUGCUAAAUUUUGCAUCCUUACAUACAUCAGCGCAGAGCUUUGCCCAUGCAUUAUUUAACCUUGCAGCCCACCCGCAGUACAUAGAGCCUCUAAGGGAAGAGGUGAAGGGUGUGGUUGGUCAGUACGGUUGGACGCAGGACUCCAUGUCACAGCUACCGAAAGUAGAUAGUUUUUUGAAGGAAAGUCAGAGGGUGAGCUGCACCUGCUUAACGCCGGUGGUACGAAAGGCCAUGGAAGACAUCAUAUUUUCGGAUGGGACUAGAAUCCCAGCAGGCACUCACUUAGCCAUGUCUCCAACGACCAUGUCUCUCGACGAUCAAUACUACCCAAACCCCGAUGAGUUUGAACCAUUCAGGUUUUACGCAAUGCAUCAGGGGGCAAUGACAAAGUCUGAACGUUUCUCCAUGCGUUUGCCUGCCCUUAAUUUUGGCCAAGGCAAACGAGCAUGCCCAGGGCGGUCUUUCGCCACAACGACGAUGACAGCCAUGAUGGCCUACUUGGUUCUCAACUAUGACAUGAAACUAGAGGACGGGGUUCGGCCCCCAGAUGAGUGGCUGUUCGUGAAUUGCUCUCCCAACCGAACCGCGGAAAUUCUGUUCAAGAAGUGCUAA